AUAGAAUAGAAUAGAAUUUUAUUGGCCAAGUGUGAUUGGACACACAAGGAAUUUGUCUUAGUGCAUAUGCUCUCAGUGUACAUAAAAGAAAAGAUACGUUCAUCAAGGUACAACAUUUACAACACAAUUGAUGAUCAAUAUAGCAAUAUAAAUCAUAAGGAUUGCCAGCAACAAGUUAUAGUCAUACAGUCAUAAGUGGAAAGAGAUUGGUGAUGGGAACUAUGAAACGAUUAAUAGUAGUGCAGAUUCAGUAAAUAGUCUGACAGUGUUGAGGGAAUUAUUUGUUUAGCAGAGUGAUGGCCUUCGGGAAAAAACUGUUCUUGUGUCUAGUUGUUCUGGUGUGCAGUGCUCUAUAGCGUCGUUUUGAGGGUAGGAGUUGAAACAGUUUAUGUCCAGGAUGCGAGGGAUCUGCAAAUAUUUUCACGGCCCUCUUCUUGAUUCGUGCAGUAUACAGGUCCUCAAUGGAAGGCAAGUUGGUAGCAAUUAUUUUUUCUGCAGUUCUAAUUAUCCUCUGAAGUCUGUGUUUUUCUUGUUGGGUUGCAGAACCGAACCAGACAGUUAUAGAGGUGCAAAUGACAGACUGGGGGUCCUGGCAGCAGAAUCGCGGCGGGAUUCUCCCUAUACCCCCGUGUUGGGCUGGAGAAAGCCAAAAGAGAGACACGCGCGAUCCGAAGAGGCAGGCACCAUCGCUCCGCAUGCAACCCGCAGGUGGGCAGAACCAGCGCUGUCGGAACGCUCCACCUGGAAGGGCAUCGCGCCAAUCCGCCCGCGGAUCCCGGCUCGAAACUAUUGGAUAUGUGGGUACGCGGGGCCUCCUCCCGCUGGGCCCAGGGCUCACCUGUGCCUUCUUUCCCGGGGCGCAGCCAGAGAGGCGGGACGGCAAGCCCUGACCACCUGCGCCUUCUUUGCGGGCGCGCAGGUGAGAUUGGAGGGGCGGGGCCCAACCGGCUGCAUCCCCCGCCCACUGUCCGAGGCCGCCGCUCUCACCUGAGCCGCGCGAGAGCCAGCCGCGGCCCGCCCACCUGUACCUGCCCGGAUCUGCUUUGCCUUGCUGGCUGGCAGCUUCCGGGCUCGGCCGAUCCGAGGGCGCGUCCCGGGCUUCGGGGCAGGAUCGACCAGAGGGAGGGCGGGCACGCAGCAAUGGCUUCUGGCUCUUACAAUGUCAGACGCGCCUUCUCUGAGGCGCCUCCGCCGGAGAACCGGCCGGACAACACGGCUUUCACCCAGCAACGCCUGCCGGCCUGGCAGCCACUGCUGUCGGCUGGCACGGUGCUGCCACUCUUCUUCGGGCUGGGCCUAGCCUUCUUGGCCGUCGGGCUGGGCCUUUUCUUCACCUCGGAGGCCAUCCAGGAGCUGGAGCUGGACUACACAGGCGCGCCGGGCACCAACUACACGAGCAUGCCGCGCACCAACUGCUCCACCUGUGCCCGCCUGACCAACAGCAACGACCCGCGCCGGGUGCGCUCCUGCCAGUGCGGGUUGCACUUCAAGCUCCCCACCGCCUUCCCACUGCCCGUCUGCCUCUACUACCAGCUCUCCAAUUACUUCCAGAACAACCGACGUUACAGCAUCUCCCGGGAUGAUGAGCAGCUCAGUGGGGUGACCUGGGCACUGCGCCAUCCCGUGCAGGAAUGCAAGCCUUACCGGUACAACAGCCAAGGGGUGCCGAUCGCACCCUGUGGGUCGAUGGCCAACAGCCUCUUCAACGAUACCUUUGAGCUCUUCUACCAGCUGGCCAAUGGCUCUCUGGCCAAUGUGACCUUGGAUAAACGGGGUAUCUCCUGGUGGACUGAUACUAACGUCAAGUUCCAAAAUCCAGAGCCAGUCAACAACAGCCUGUGUGAUGCCUUCAUCGGCACGGCCAAGCCUCCCUUCUGGUCCCGGCCAGCCUGCAAGCUGGACCCCUACGACCGCAACAACACAGGCUUUGUCAACGAGGAAUUCAUUGUCUGGAUGCGCACGGCCGCCCUGCCCACCUUCCGAAAGCUUUAUGCCCGCAUUCACCACGACAACUUCUCGGCAGCACUGCCCCAGGGCACAUACUACCUAAACAUCGGCUACAAUUACCCUGUGCUGGGUUUCCACGGGAGCAAAAAGAUCAUCCUGAGCACUCUCUCCUGGAUGGGGGGUAAGAAUCCUUUCCUGGGCAUUGCCUACCUGGUCCUGGGCGCUGCCUGUAUCCUGGGCGGCAUCCUCAUGACUGUGGUCCAUUUCAAAUACCGGCACCAGAAUGAAGAUGACGAUGAUUAGGAGGCCAAACCUGACUUUUCCUUCUCAGGUCUCUUCAGAGAUGUUGGACAUCCCAUCAUUCCUUAGGUCAGGGGAACUCCAACUUUGGCAACUUUAAGACUUGUGGACUUCUACUCCCAGAGUCCUCAGCCAGCUCUGAGAGUUGAAGUCCACAAGUCUUAAAGUUGCCAAGGUUGGAGACCCCUACCUUAGGUGGCAUGAUGAAGGGCUGAGAGAUGCUGCCGAGGUUAUCCAGAAAGCUGAAAGCCAACAUCUGGAGAACAUCAGGCUGGAUGGGCUUUGGAAAGUGGUGAAUAAUCAGAACUCCGCAGGAAGCGAGAUAGAAUGCUUCUCGACACAUGAAGAAUGAAUUUAUGGUGUAGCUUUUCUUGAAAAUAAGGGCUCAUCAUUUUCAGCUCCAUAAUUUUUCAAACUGGUGAAGUUGAUUCUUGGGAAAACGGCACUAGGGAUUUGAGUGCCACCAUUUCUAAUCAUUAUAAAUUUGAUAUGAAGGGUGUGGCUAUAACACAACAUUGUCUGGGGGAACUUGUGAAGGGAUUUCUCUCAAACAAACUAUUGUUUAAAUGUGAAUGUUGGAAACUAUCAUCUAACUUGGCCUGUUCUUAAAUACUGGGGGGGGAUAACCCAGCAUUUGUUGUUUACACAAUGUUUACUCAUGGUUUACUGUACUAUAUGUUGCUGAUCCCCUGAGAUGGUAUUGAUUGUUUGGGAUGAAUUCAGUUGGCUAAUGGACAGUCUAUUGUGCAAAUCUAGCCAAUGAGAAAUGUAUACAGCUAUUCCUCGACUUACAACCACAAUUCAGAACCAAAUUUCAGUUGCUAAGAUGAGACAGUUGUUAAGUGAAUUUUGCCCCAUUUUAUGACCUUUCUUGCCACAGUUGUUAAUUGAAUCACUGCAGUUAUUAAGUUAGCAACAUAGUUAUUAAGUGAAUCUGGCUUCCCCAUUAAUUUGGCUCGUCAGAAGGUUGCAAAAGGGGAUCGUGUGACCCCGGGACACUGCAACCGUCAUAAAUAUGAGUCAGUUGCCAAGCAUCUGAAUUUUGAUCACGUGACCAUGGGGAUGCUGCAAUGGUGGUGUGAAAAACAAUCGUACGUCACUUUUUUCAAUGCUAUUAUAAUUUUGAACAGUUACUAAAUGAACUGUUGUAGAACAGGGACUACCUGUGAUAAAGAUUAUCAUUUUAUUAUUAUUUAGGUUUUCACCAAGAUAGAAUAGAAUAGAAAAACAGAGUUGGAAGGGACCUUGGAGGUCUCCUAGUCCAACCCCCUGCUUAGGCAGGAAACCCCUAGAUCAUUUCAGACAAAUGGUGAUCUAAUCUCUUUUUUUAAAGGCCUCCAGUGUUGGAGCAUCCACAACUUCUUGAGGCACGUUGUUUCAUUGAUUAAUUGUUCUACGUUGUUUCAUUGAUUAAUUGUUCUAACUGUCAGGAAGUUUAUCCUUAGUUCUAGGUUGCUUCUUCCUUGAUUAGUUUCCGCCCGUUGCUUCUUGUCCGGCCCUCAAGUGCUUUGGAAAACAGCUUGACUCCCUCUUCUUUGUGGCAACCCCUGAGAGAUUGGAAGACAUGUCACCCCUAGUCCUUCUUACCCAAUUCCAGCAACUGUUCUUAUGGAGCUUACGAAUCUGAUGCGCAGGUUUUAGAACACUUCUUAGUGGGUUUGGGCUUCAAAAGGAACUUCUUGAUUGGAGUGGAAUUUGCUGGUAACUAAAGGUCUCUUUUAUUCUGCAUGCUUUACUCCUUACAAAAUGAGUUACUCUCACAAGUCAUUCUGGUUGGUGUCAACACACCUUUGAUGUUUGCAAGCAAUUUUCUGCCUUCAAACCCAUUGAGUUAUUUCCCCUCCCUUCCCCAGAGCCAAUGCAAAGGGCUUUGUCAAAAAGUAAUUUUGAUUUUAUUUAUAUUUUGUCAUUUGAGGCUCCAAGGAUACUUCUG